AAAUUAUUGUCAUAUGCAUUUAUCUUCCCUCUUAUGAGGGCUCAGAAGUGAUAACACCCCUGGUUUCUGAUCCCAGUGGGAGCUGGCGUGCGUGCUGCCUGCUGCCCCCCUCCAUUAGCCACGGCUGUUGGAUUUCCCACCCAGAAUCUUUAGGUAAAUGAGAUCAUGAUUCUGGAAGGAAGUGGGGUAAUGAAUCUCAACCCCAGCAACAACCUCCUCCACCAGCAGCCGUCCUGGACAGACAGCUACCCCACGUGCAAUGUUUCCAGUGGGUUUUUUGGAGGCCAGUGGCAUGAAAUCCAUCCUCAGUACUGGACCAAGUAUCAGGUGUGGGAGUGGCUCCAGCAUCUCUUAGACACCAACCAGCUGGACGCUAGCUGCAUCCCUUUCCAGGAGUUUGACAUCAACGGCGAGCACCUGUGUGGCAUGAGUCUGCAGGAGUUCACCCGGGCGGCGGGGACGGCCGGGCAGCUGCUCUACAGCAACCUGCAGCAUCUCAAGUGGAACGGCCAGUGCACCAGUGACCUGUUCCAGUCCACACACAAUGUCAUCGUCAAGACGGAGCAAGCCGACCCUUCCAUCAUGAACACCUGGAAAGAAGAAAAUUAUUUAUAUGAUGCCAACUAUGGUAGCACAGUAGAUUUGUUGGACAGCAAAACUUUCUGCCGGGCCCAGAUCUCCAUGACAACCACCGGUCACCUUCCUGUCGCAGAGUCGCCUGAUAUGAAAAAGGAGCAAGACCACCCCGCCAAGUCCCACACCAAAAAACACAAUCCGAGAGGGACUCACCUGUGGGAGUUCAUCCGUGACAUCCUCCUGAACCCAGACAAGAACCCAGGGCUAAUCAAGUGGGAAGACCGGUCCGAGGGCAUCUUCAGGUUCCUGAAAUCGGAGGCGGUGGCCCAGCUGUGGGGAAGAAAGAAGAACAACAGUAGCAUGACCUACGAGAAGCUCAGCCGAGCCAUGAGAUAUUACUACAAAAGGGAAAUUCUGGAACGUGUGGACGGACGAAGGCUGGUUUAUAAAUUUGGGAAGAAUGCCCGUGGAUGGAGAGAAAACGAAAACUGAAGCUGCCAACACUUUGAACACAAACCAAGACGGACCCCAAAGGAUAACAAACCCAGAACUCCUGGACAUAAAUAUCUCAAAGACUACUUUUCUCUGAUAUUUAUGUACCACGAGGGGAAAAAAUAUCUACUUCUAACGGGAAGAAGGAACACUACAGUUGAUAAAAUUAUUUUGUUACUUUGAAGUAUGUCCUAUCUGGGGAACAAGCGUACACAGUUUUCUGUGAAAUAUGAUGCUGUAUGUGGCUGUGACGUGUUUGGCCUCUAUUGUGAAGUUCUUUUCCACUGCAAGAGAAACAGGGUUUGCAGCCUUGUGCUUCUUGCCAAGAGAAAGAAAAAAAAUCAGAGGGCAUUAAAUGUUUUUAUCUGAAAAAUGAUUUAGGACAAGGUGACGUGUGCUCCGAACACCAGCAUCCACGUGAUCUCGACGAGAGAGGUGGGCGCGGUUGCUGGAUGGACGCCGGCGUCUCAGAUUGACGGGAUGAACCAAAGAACGCUGGGAAGUGGAACCCGACCUUUCGGAGCCAGUGAGUGGAAGAUGAGGACUUCCAAAAUCCAGCCGGACUGUAAUUACUGCAUAAUCCUGUGACUUGCAAUGUUUAAAUCAGCGAGAAGAAUAAUGGUGGGGGGCUUCAUACUCAUUCAGAAAUGAUUUACCUGAUGCCAAGAACGUCUUUCCUCCUCCCCCUUGGAUGACUGGUGAAAAACUUCCAUUGCCACCUCUGCUCACUUCUAGUUAUUUAAGAAAGGGUCCGGCCUUGGUUAUUUUUAUCCCAAUUGCUUAAAAAUAAAUGAGAAAAAGGAGGAGGUGAUGAGUUUGCUCUUGGAUUCCUAUAGUCCCCGGUGUCUCAAUUGGCACAAUUGACACUUUUGGCUGAAUAAGUCUUUGUUGUGCAUUGUUUGUCUGUCCUGUGCAUUGCAGGCUGUUUAGCAGUAUCCAUGACCUCUCUCACAAGAUGCCAGUAGCACUCCCAUCCCUGAAGUUGUGAGAAACAAAAAUGUCUCCAGACCUUGCCAAAUGUCACCUGGGGGGCAAAACUGCCCAUGAUUGAGAACCAGUGAUGUAGCCAGUUAAGAUGAAGACGGUAGUUUAUUCUCAGAACAAAAAGAUGUGUGAGAUCUUUUAGUCCCAAGAGUGAAGCAGAAGCAAGACUUCAAAGUCAACCUAUUUUUAAUUUUUAAAAUGGUAGGGACAAUGGGUUGAAAUAUCUAGAGGUACUUCUUUUCAGAAGCCCAGAUGAGAGCCAAAGUCAGAUAAAUUAAACAUAAUCACGCAGCAAGAACUAUAGUAGAAGACUUUUGCAAUGGGAUUAACAAAGCAGACUCAAAAUCAUACUGUAGGAGGAAACGCUGAGAGAAGAGUGUGUGUGUGUGCGUGUGUGUGUGUGUGAGAGAGAGAGAGAGAGAGAGAGAGAGGGAGAGGGGGAGAGGGAGAGGGGGAGUUGGUUCCGGGAAAGUCUUCUUUGCAGCUGUUCAUUCUUACAAUCUUUCCUCUUUGGGAGCACCUCUUUCCUGUCUCAUCAGCAACUCAUCCUAAAGUGAAUGCCCACAUUUGCUUUCAGAGGGAUGUUUUAUAAAAAAAGAAAGAAAUGGAAAAGAAAGGAAGGAUGGAAAAGAAAAACAGAAAACUCAGCUCAGGAGGCUUGUCAGUAAGGAGGUGGACUUGGUCUUCAACGAUGGCUUGUUCUGAGGCACCUGCAGAGUUGUCGUUGGGCGCUGCAAGCUGCGAGGAACAGGAGCCUGUGGACACUUUGGGUUUGACUGUCCAGAUCCCUUUUGCGACUUUUCUUUUUGGUUCCCCACGUCCUUGGCUUUCUCCUCCCUCCUGCCUCUCCAUCUUGAGCAAUAAUAGGAGGAUGAAGACUCCUACCAAUAAGAGGGAGUGCUCUUCACCAACUGAUGGAGCACUUACCCAGCAGGGUGAGUGAUUCACAGGCAAAGUUGCAAAGUGUUUGUCCUGCAUUCAGAAGUCUUGAAGCAAGAAGAAUUAAGAAUUUGUUCCAACUAUACUGAGAACCAUUAUGGGUGAUGACCUUGGAAGCAGAAACUUAGUGAGAUGGAUGACCUUCUGAAGGUACUACCAAGCCUACUGUGAUUUCUGUCGAGCUUGGUCACCUCCACAGAGGUGUUGUCAAGUAGCAGUUACUGAGGGACCUGAGAGAAAUAACAAUGAGCCGCACAGAUCUGAGACAUUCUUGCAUAAAAGACACACCUUGCUUCCAAGCAAGGCUAAAGAACUAUGAGGCCUUCCCAGCCUUUGACUGUACGUCCCACAGAAUGAAUUAAACAUCCAGAUAUUUAAAUUGCUGUAAACACCUAAUGUCCGUGUGUCUCUGUGUGUCUGGAUUGUGUGAUGUUAUUAGGGACAUAUGCUAAUGUGCUCUCUGCUAGCCCUUCCCUGGCUUUGCCAGUUCACCACCUAAAGUGGCUAGAUCCUUCCCUGAGUUUACCUUUCUCCAAACCAGUAAGUUUCUCACCUUCUUCCAAAUUGGCCUUGGCUCUUUCUGCACCCUCUCUGUUGAAGAGCAAGCCUUGCUAGGUGGUGAGUGAGUCUGGGGAGUACCAACGGGGACAGUUCUGCAGGUAAUCAACAGAUUGUGCUAUUUCUUGAAAGUGACAGUUUCUUGGCACCCAGUUCCUACUUAAAUAGGCUGGAGUAUAAAGAUCUCAGCAUAUCUCUCUACUGGCUUGAGUUUGGUGCAUUUUCUAUGUGCUGUUCAUGAUUUGGAGAACUCAAGGUAAUUGAGCCAUGCCAAUGCGGGGUGUGAACCAAAUACCCCCCACCAUGGUGUUGAAAGGGAGAGCAAAAUCCCAAAGAUAAGCCAGCAUCGGGUGAAGCCCCCUUCUUUUGGGGGACACACGGCUUCUCACUUGAGAAGCUCAUUUGUGCUGGAUGCUCACAUGGUGACUACACGUGGUCUUCUUGAACCCUCCUUAAGCUAAAGGCGUGGGCUCUUAUUUGUAGUUUUCAUGGAAACCUGAGGCAGGAAAUGUACUGCUAAGAGUUUACCAGACUCAGAUGAUCCGAGGCUCCUAGAUAUUUGACUUGAUGAAACUUGAGCAAGGCCCUGGCCCCCGGGGACAUACCCACAGCUCCUUGAACUUGCCUUCUGAGCAGGGCAGACCCAGGUUAUGUGUUUUCCUUUGGACAUGCUGGUCCUUCCUCAAUGUUUUUGCCUUGCUAGACUGUGAGCUCUUUGAGGGCAGGGACUGUGUCUUAUAAAUAAUGUUUUCCCAGUACCUGGCACGAGACAGGGGCUCAAUAAAUAUUUGUUGAGUUAACGAAUGAA